AUGUCUGUUGUUCUAUUGGUUUUCCCGGCAGUUUAUCCAUGUCGUCCUCACAAGCUGGGGCACUGGUAUGAUCGGUACAACCCUGCUAGCGCUAGAUUGCCAUCUGUGAUGAACCCUAUUGUUAUGACGUGGCAAGUGACCGCAUGUUCAGUCGGCAUUGGUGUUCAGGCUCAUGACAAAGCUCUCAACUGCGAAGUCAGAGUGUCCAACCCCUGGCCGGAAGGAACUCAGAUCCCGGCACAAAUGCGGCCAGACUACCUAACCAAUGCCAAGGACAGCCAUUUCCCAAUUACCUUGUCCUUUGACGGAUGGGGCCCUGAAUUGCUGUCUUUGCCUGCCCAGUUGGGUCUCCUGGCAAAUCCUUCGCAUCGCCCAUGUGAGCUAGAACGCUCCUGUGAACUGUGCUGCUCAGUUGCGGCUGGUCUGUCGAUUACAACGGUUUCCAAUGGUUUGGUGGGAAAAGCGAUUGAGCCGGUGUCAUCGCCUGGUCAGUCGGCCAUCCUUUCACGUUCCACGUUCGAGUCAGCAGGCUUGCAUGUGUCAUACCGCCUGGUGGCUGCAUACACACCAAUCAAGAUGUGCUUUACCGAUUCGACGCACUGUGCAGUCGAACUGGUAAUAUUGCAUGACCAGUCGGAUUCUCCAGCUGAACCUGCGUGUCGAUUUCCCAAGCUGGCGCGCUCAAACGGACCAAAUCGUUUGACCACAACUCAUUUGCUGGUCCCGAUACACUUCCGUGGCUCCACAUGUCAAUCCUUUCAGGUUGAAGAGCAACCCAUCAUCCUCACAGGUACUCAGGCUCUCAACAUAGCCUUUGAAUGCGACAUCUACCUGUCUAGCCUUCAGCUGGGGAGGACUCAGAUUUUGCACAGGAAUGGGGUUUCUCAUUUGGCCGCAUUGAGUGAUCUCGAAAGGACAACACUGAUGUGGUUAAGCUACGAUCCUGGUAUCAGGAGCGACCGACUCCCAAUUACCUCACUCAUCAACAGUUGGAUUGCAUGCUGGCACAUGCCACAUCGCUCAGCAGCAGCACACUCACCGAUCGUAAUGCGUUCCAUCAGUUCAAUGUGUCAAAAGAUCAUACCACCCAUCAGAAUGGGUGCACAUCGCGUCCAUCUCGAUCACCAAUCCAUCCAGGUUAAAGGGCAGCAUAUCGUCCUCACAUUUAUUCCGGUUCUCAAUGGGGAUCUCAGCUGCGGAAUCCGUGCAGUUGAUCCCCAGCUGGGUGGAACUCAGCUUACGACAUCAAUGUGGUUAGGCUGCGUCCCUGAUGUCAAGGGCAGCCGUCUCCCAACCACCUCGCCCAUCAAUGGCUGGAUAACUUCACUUGCCCAGCCAAGUUACUUGACGGUUACCGUGUGCUGUCCCAUCGAGAUGAUGUGCUCGUUUGAGUCAUACAGCUCAUCGGUGGUCCAUUUGUCAACCAUAGCGUCUCUCCAGUUGGAUCCUCCGACUGACCCUUUGUGUAAUCCUAUCACGCUGGCAUGCUCAUGUGUGCCAGGUCAUUCAGGGCCGGAGUGCUCGUGCCAUCUGUGUCACUCCGUCGCAGCUGGUUGGCCGAUUGUGACGAAUCUCAUCCGCUUGCCCUGCCAAGCGGUUGAGCUGACCUCUUCAUCUACUAGCUCAGGAUCUCCGACUGUAUCCAUGCACUCCUUUCUCAAGUCAGCACACCUGCAGUCAGCACACCACUUGGUAGCGGCGCAUGCACUAAUCGUGACUUGCUCCACCAAUUCAAUGCGCCAUACAAUCAAGUCAAUAUCCUCACACGACUGGUGGGAUCCUCCAGCCGUGCCUGCAUGUCAACUUCUUGAGCUAGUACGCUUGCAUGGGCCAUGUUGUUCAGCGGUAGCCUAUCCGUCAAUCACGACACACUCUGCCAGGACGAUGUGCCAUGCGACUGGGCAAGUGUCCUUGCCUGAUCAGCCAUAUUCUUCAGCUGGUCACCCACCAGAGACAGCAGGUGUAUCGGCUUGCCACGUAUCGGGAUCGUCACCCUUGCUUGUUUUGUUGGACAUUUUGGCAGUUUAUUCACAAUGCCCUUACGAGCUGGGGCACUCACUGGACCUGCACUGUUCAGCCAGCGGCGGUUCUUCGAUUGUGAUUAAAUCUACUGGUUCGAUGCGUCGAGUUAUCAUACGUUCUGCCCUCAUGGUUGCUCAGGCCCUCAACCAAGUUCUCGGAUGUGACAUCUACACGCCUAACCCCUUUCUGGGCGGAAUUCAGAUUACGACACCGAUGUGGCUAGGCUACGUUCCUGGUGUCAAGGAUGGCCAUCUCUCAACUACCCCGCCCAUCAACGACUGGGACCGUAAGCUGGGGCCUUUGCCUGCCCGGCCAAUUCCUUCGACUGUCCCUUUGCGCUCCCCAUUCGUGUUAGCGUGCUCUCUUAUGCAGAAGAGGCCGGAGCUUGAGAUGACACAUAAAGAGCUACUCCUGAUGCAACUGCCUGGGUCGUGUCUUGGACCUCCCAAUUGGAGGCACACCUUGCCAGGUCUAUCAUUGCGCUUGGAAAUGUCAAGCGCAACGCAUGCGCCGCAGCACCACCCACGCGAAAUGUUGUACCCACCGGCCACCGCACAUCUCGCCUCCAAGUUAUCGCGACAGCCGUCCAACGUGGCACAUCUGCCUGCCGCUCUGCCAACCACAAUGGUCUGGGAACGCUUGUGUGCAAAGGAGAGAACCCCGCAUCCUCGAACUGAAGCCAAACCUGCAUGGAACGAGUUUUCCAAUGGGUUGUGUCGUUCCAUUCACAUCCUUGCUGAACCGUUGCAUGAAGAGAGGCGGAAAAGCCUAGAAAACAUAGAAAGGGAACUGUCAGGCGAGCGGAGUCCAGGCUGGCCUAUCAAGCCUUGUCUCACAAAGAGAUGCUGUGCCCAACUGAAGGCGACCAUCAUAGCAGAUCAGGUUUACACUCAGACUGCCAGUGCGAUCGGUUGCACUUCACGUCAAGCCAAUGGCGUUACGGGAAAGGACCGCUAUGCCUCAUGGGCUGUCCCAGAUUAUUCCAAGUUAGACAACUUACGCACGGCAUGGAGUUGUUCAGGCCCAAGACCUGUGUCAUCGGAGGGGCAUUACAGAUACAAAAACGAUGACAUUAAAAUCCUAGGUAUCUCCCUAUCUGCUGGUAGACUAAACGCUACUUUGGGCAACCGAACGAGUCUGAGUAUCAGCAAGGGAAUCGUUGUCUUGACUCAGCCCGAAGACUCGCAGUGGUAUCUCUUUCAGGCCGAAUGCCUAUUAACCUCAGCGCCCUCGGCUACCUCUGUACCCAUGGCUGCAUUGUCAGAGCAGUCAAGUCCCACUGUCCUAUUACGCCCCUUUAGAUGGUUUUGUCAUCUGAUCAAGCAGGAGAAUCCGCUUCCCAGACCAGCCCAUUCUGCCUUCCCAAUAUCAUACUGUGUGGUUGGUCUAUCUUGA